AUGGCGAACAUGCUCAUCAACCAGAUGGGCCUUCCCAAAUCCAUCGCCAACGUCUUCGCCGCUCGGAACAUCACCACCGCCAAGGAAGCUUUGUCUUUGACCGAAUUCGAAUUGAUGGAACUGCUAGAUGUGAGUAUGGCGCAGGUUACGUCUGCGAUAGCCCGCAUCAGUGAAAUUACAUGUCCACCUUAUCAAACUGUGCUCUCUCUAAUGGAGCAAAGGGUCCAGACGGAGCACAUGGGUGGUCACCUCUCGACGCAGCUCAAAGGGCUAGACCAGGCCUUAUGUGGUGGUAUCCCAUUUGGGGUUUUGACUGAGCUCGUUGGGCCUGCUGGAAUUGGCAAAACACAGUUUUGCCUGAAGCUUGCGUUGUUGGCUUCAUUGCCGGUGGCUUGUGGAGGUUUAAAUGGUCAUGUGAUAUAUAUCGAUGUAGAAUCCAAGUUUAGUUCAACAAGGAUGAUAGAGAUUGGAGCAAAGAGUUUCCCAGAAAUAUUUCACACGAAAGGACUGGCGCAAGAGAUUGGUGGUAGGAUCCAUGUUUUGCGGCCAACAUCACUCUCUGAAUUCACUGAGAGUUUGCAACAAAUCAAGAUCUCACUCCUUCAAAACCAAGUGAAGUUGCUAAUCAUUGAUAGCAUGGCUGCUCUUGCUGCAGGGGAACAUGUGCAUGGAGCUACUCGGCAACAUUUAUUGGGUUGGCAUAUCUCCUUCAUUAAGUCACUUGCUGAAUUUUCACGAAUACCUGUUGUUGUUACAAACCAAGUGAGAUCUCAAAGUCAUGAUGAAAUCUGCCAGUAUUCUUUUCAAGCACAUAGCAGGGAAAAGACUGUGGAUGAUUGUACAGGACAUGAUUCUCAUCUUGUUGCUGCUUUGGGAAUUCACUGGGCUCAUGCUGUCACAAUACGCCUUGUGCUUGAUGCUAAAUUUGGGAAAAGGUUCAUCAAGCUGGCAAAGUCUCCAAUAUCACCAUCUCUUGCCUUCCCUUUCAACAUAACAUCAUCUGGAAUUUCAUUGCUGACUGAUGAUGGAAUAGAAUUAUCCGGACCAGAGAUAAACACGAUUCAUUGUCAAGGUCACAGUGGCAUAAUUAAUUUCGAUGCAGAAAGAUUUUAGUAUAAAGCUGCAUAGUAUGCAGGCAUGUUGCGAACAAUAGAAUGUCAUGGAUCUGUGAUUGUACAUCUCCAUUCAUCUGUAGAAAAACUAUGUUGGGUAAAACUGUGCACGAAGCGUAAAUGUCACCCAACAUUUCUCGAAGCUAACUGACAUUGGAGAUCAACCCAGGUGUUAUAAAUUGCUGGGAGAUGCGUUUGUUUUUGCAGAUUUAGAGUUUGUAGAUUUAGAUCAAUUUAGAUGCUUUUCAGUUUGACGAGUUUGUAGCUCUGUUAUGUAGUUGUCUUGAUGUAUAUGUGGUUUGAAUCUGAGAAUGAUAUUUAAACAUCACUGUCACAAAUCUAGGAUACUCUUAUGUUAUCCCAAAUCUCUGCUUGCUCGAACC